CAGCAAAAGCUUCGUCGCCUCUCAUAUUUAUUUUUCACUGCGCAGAGAUCGACAAAUAUACCGCAGUCCGAAGACAAUCGACCAAAAUGGCGAAACGCCACGCGGAUCAAGACCUCGAAGUAGAGGCUGGCGUGAACUCACCGGCCUCCAAAAAGCCGCGAUUCGCCACUGUUGACGCUCCUCUUAACGGUCGCGCGCCAGAAGAAGAUGGGCUGAAUGGACAUGAUAUUGUCGAUGCUGCAAUAUUAGAAGAAGAAGAACUGCAAGAAGCUGAGCAAGAUCGACCCGAAUCCCCAGAUCUCGAUGAGACGCUACCUACAGCCCCGCAACGUCAGUCGCAACCGGUGGAUGGAUACGGCGAUCUAUACCUUGAUACAAUCAAUCGCGCCGUACUGGAUUUCGACUUUGAGAAACUUUGCUCUAUAUCGCUGUCGAAUAUUAACGUUUAUGCGUGUUUGGUGUGCGGGAAAUACUUUCAGGGUCGAGGCAAUAAGUCACAUGCUUACUUUCAUGCCCUUGAGGUUGGGCAUCAUGUAUACGUGAAUAUGGAGACGAAGAAGGUAUAUGUGCUGCCUGAGGGAUACGAGGUCAAAAGCAAGAGCUUGGACGAUAUCAAAUACGUGGUUGAUCCAACGUAUACAAAACAGGAGGUAAUGAAAUUGGACAAGGAAGUCCUUGAUGCGUGGAAUUUGCUCGGGAAGAAGUAUAGACCUGGAUAUGUUGGGAUGAACAACAUCAAAGCAAACGACUAUCUCAAUGUUGUAGUUCAAGUGCUGGCGCACGUCACGCCUCUUCGAAACUUUUUCCUGCUCCACAACUUUCCAGUGCCCGGAUCUCCUCAAUUAUCUUUGAGAUUCAGUACCUUGGUCCGCAAAUUAUGGAAUCCCAAGGCUUUUAAAUCUCACGUGUCACCUCACGAAUUGCUUCAAGAGAUCGCACUGCGUUCUUCGAAGCGGUUCACCCUUACCCACCAAUCCGACCCUGUCGAGUUUCUAUCGUGGUUUUUGAAUAAUCUCCACCUCAGUCUUGGAGGUUCCAAAAAGCCAUCGAAAACCCCUACGAGUGUUAUUCAACAGGCAUUCCAAGGUCACUUGCGGAUCGAAAGCCAGGCUAUUACAGCUCAUUCGGACACGACAAACUCGCGAUUAGUAUUCGCUGAAUCAAGUCAGACCAACACUCAAAUAUCCCCCUUCCUCAUCCUUACCCUUGACCUCCCACCUACUCCGUUGUUCCAAUCCUCGAACCGAGAAUCUAUCAUUCCACAAGUCCCUCUCACGACUCUCCUCAACAAAUACAACGGCCUCACAGCGUCCGAGAAACUUUCUCACCGAGUACGCCACCGGCUGCUGCAUCCACUUCCCCCCUAUUUGCUUUUCCACAUCAAACGCUUCAGCAAGAAUAAAUUCGUUUCAGAAAGAAACCCUACUAUUGUCACUUUCCCAUCACCACGCUCGCUCGAUAUGUCACCUUAUGUUGAACCAAACCCUAACAUAUGGCCUCCUGGUGAACCCAUUAUCUACGACCUCGUUGCAAACAUCAUUUUAGAUGCGGAUGCCCCGGCUCCAGGAGCAGGCGAAGAAACCGCAGCUGUUGACAAGGGCGUCGCGGCUGCAGGCGGGACCUCCACGGCCUCGUCUGCAGCAACUGGUGCCGGUGCCGGUAGCGAGAAGGUUUCAUGGCUAGUCCAGUUACAUGACAAAGCGAUGGCUGCCGAAAAUGCAAAACACCAGCAGCAACAGAACCACCCGCAGGCACAGCAGCGAGGGCCUGAAUGGCUGGAGAUUCAAGAUCUAUAUGUACAAAGAACUGAGAGCGAAACUCUCUUCACGCGGGAAUCAUACCUCAUGGUCUGGGAAAGACGGAAGACGAAGGGGAAAGCAGCGGCUUCCAAGUAGAUAUGUAUUUUAAUGAGAAUACCACAGGUCUUGGGUUCAAAAAGAAGAAAAUAUAACAUUACAUUUCUAGGCCUUUUAUGAUAGCCGACUGUUCUUUAAUAUAUUAAUCUAUAUAUUGUAAUCUCAUGAUAUACUCAUGAGGUGAUAAUUAAAUCAAUUUAUCUGAGAUGCGCUAGUUGACAUCCCUACAUAUAGUAUCGAUUAAUAUAUUUAGCAUAGCGGUUGUAGGCUCAUCCGUAUGUUG